UGCUAAAGUUAGUUUAGUUUAGUUUAUGGUUGUUAAAUGUUUAUACCCUGUAUUUGCUCAUGAUGCUGUCAUUCUGAUGGCUGCAUGGAGCAGAGUAAAAACGGGACCGAGAUGCAACUUCCAGUAACAGCCUUAGAACCAGCCAUAGAAGAUCCUGCAGGGGUGAUUGUGAAGGAAUCGGGCAGCCAAGGAAUUCGCUGCAGGCGAGAAGCUGGCAGGAAAAGCCUGAAGGAGAAGGUUCUCAGCUAUCCUGAUUGCCUCCACCUACAAACAUCAUGAAGGGCCGUCAAGGAGGGGCCUGGGAAACCCCUGGAUCAGCUCGCUCCGAAGAUCAGAGUUCUGCCUGGCAAUCCCUGGGAUGCCAUAGUUAAACUAUGACUUGAGACCCAUUUUGCAAAGACCCAGAUCCCUAGAGAGGGCUCUGAGGCUGGGAAAAGUGGAAGGAAGGGGGGCCAGCAGCCCGGGGGAAGGACAAUGGAAGCGCCCUGGGGGAGACUGGAGGACCAGGGAGGGACGGUGGUCUCGGAGAAGGUCGAUGUGGUCACUAAGAGCUAGCAACGGCACUGCAGAACCAAGCGAUUCCCCUCCCAGAACCUCUGGCUCACCUGGGAGGCUGCAGGGAUGGGCCAUUCAGUGGGGGGAAGCCGAGCGCUCGUGUCUCGCUGGGCUGGGAAAGUCCACAGAGGCAGCAGUUCAGUCCCUGGAGACGGAGCUUUGGGGCUCCCCACAGGGCCAGAGUUGCGGGAAUUUGGGGCUGGGCUUAGCCAGCUGCUCCCCACCCACCAGAGAGCCACUUCUGCUUUCUGCCUCCCCAGGAGAGCAUUGAGCAGACGCCUCUUGUUGCCCUGCAGUUCCUCCUUUUCGGCCGCUCCGGGGCUGCCUUGGGGGCAGCCGGAUGGCUGGGGGUAUCACCUACGCUGACCUGCGCUUUGCAAGAAGCCCUCCAGAGAAGAGCCAUGGGGAAGAGCCCAAUGAGGGGGAGCUCACCUAUGAGAACCUCCAGGUACCCCUUGGCCUGGAGAAAGAGGCGGCAGAGGGUGACACCCUGAAGAACACCCCAGAACUGCCCUGCUGGGCCACCUUCUGUCAUCGCUGGAGACCAGUGACAACCCGCCCAAUGCUGGGAGCCCUGGCCCUCUGCCUCUUCCUUCUGGCCACCAACAUCACGCUUGGCGUCCAGUACAUGCAGGCCUCCCGGCAGCUCCAGCAAGUAUCUCGCGACCACGCGGCCAAGAGCCUCUUCCUGGGAGAAAGAACCCAGCACCUGCAAGCCAGCCUGGAGAAGAGCCGGCACCGGCUGCGCCUGACCGAGCAGGAGCUCAACUCCACCCAGAAGGAACUCAACUCCACCAAGAAGGAACUCAACUCCACCAAGAAAGAGCUCAAUUCCACCACGGAGGCCCUUUGGCAGAGCCAGGCGGCCAAGAACCAGACUUGGCGGCAGCUGCAGCACCAGGAACUCCUGCUGGGCCAGGCCAACCACAGCCUGGCUCUCCUGCAGAGGGAGCGGGCCAGCCUGGAGAUCAACCUCAGCCAGGCCUCCUCCUGCCGGAAGAUUGGGUGCUGCCCCGACGGAUGGACACUGUUCCGCUGGAAGUGCCUGUGGGCGUCGGAAAAUUGGGAGCCGUGGUGGCAGAGCAAGUUGGCCUGUGAGAAGAAGUCUUCGCAGCUGCUGGUCCUCCAGGAGCCCUGGUCGGUGCGAGAGCUCUGGGAGGCCGUGGGUGAAGCAUUCACCCAGAGUUCCUCGCGUUCAAAUUCGUUCUGGGUCGGACUUCAGAAAGACAAAAAGGUCUGGAAGUGGGUGGACGGUUCCCUCUACAAAGGAAGUGAAACUCUAUAUAACAACUACUACAGCUACUACGACUACAACGCGUUCAUGCACAAUGGGGAACUGUGGUCAGAAAGAUCAUCAACAAAGUACAGAUUCAUCUGCGAGAGGGCAGCCAGUCCUGAGGACCCCUCCCACAAUGGGUGGCAAUGGGGCCCUUGAGAGACUUCGCAUCUCUUUGGACUGCAGGCGGCGAACCAAGUGAAACUGUCUAUUGGCAGCUGCGGCUGAUGCUGCCCACCAGCUCCAGGGCCAGGAUGAAGCCUUCUUCCCAAGAGGUGGAUGCCUCCACUAAGGAAGCAGGUGGCAGCCAGGAUCUUCCUCCUCCAGAACUGACCAUGGGUGGAUGGCAGAGGCAUCCGCAGGGGCUGCCAACCACAUUGAAAUGGUGGGUCCUUUUUAUGUGCUGGGGAGCAUGGCAUGUGCAUUGCAGUUCUGCUCAUGCUCACCCUUUGGACCCAUGGUCCGUGGGCCUUGUGGGUAGCCCUUGAAGAGCAGCCCAAAGGGGAGCCUUUCCUUAGCUUCACCCCGAGGAGGAAACCGCAAAAGCUGGCUGCACCUGGGCCACAUUGCAGGGACCCCCUCAGGAGGCCAUCCUGGUAAGCCUCCGGAGCCUGUGAGUCCAAUAAAGCUGUCCAGCAAG